AUGGGCGACGUCCUUCCGACUUCAUACCCUGGUUUCGACCUCGACUUGAACGCGCCUCGCCUGGUGCAGCUCGAGGGUCAGGAGGAGCCCAUCAUCAUGACGGAGCUUGAGAAGAUUCAAGCGAAGGCUCAGGGCAUUCGGUUCUUUGACGUAACGGACGCGGUCGAUCUCGGCAGUCAUGCCCAGCUCAGGGCUUCUGUCAAACCCUCCUACCCUACGCCUAAUAAUACCCAGACGGUCAAGCCUGUCAUUGACACGUUAGAGAUACAGAAUCUCCACGAUACACUUGACAAGUUCACGAGCUUCCGAACACGCUAUUACCGUAGUGAGACCGGGAAGGAGAGCCAGCGGUGGCUGCUGAGCAAGAUUACUGAUCUGACGAAGAAGUACGCUCCGAAGUCCUUGCAAAAGAGCAUAUCUAUCCACGAGUUCGGGCACAGCUGGCAGCAGAGCAGCAUUAUCGUUAGUAUCAACGGCACUUCUACGGAUGAUGACAGUGUGGUCGUUAUCGGCGCCCAUUUGGAUAGUACUAACAACUGGCCAUUCCUGCCUGCCCCUGGUGCGGACGAUGACGGCUCAGGAUCAACAAGCAUCUUGGAAGCCUACCGCGCUUUGGUUGCUGCAGGCUUCCAGCCAGAGCGCACCGUCGAGUUCCACUGGUACUCCGCCGAGGAAGGAGGACUCCUCGGAUCUCAGGCGAUUGCGAAGUCUUACGAGAGUCGCGGUAUCAACGUGGCCGCCAUGAGCCAGUACGACAUGACUGCAUGGGUCAAGCGCAGCACAAGGGAGGAGGUCGGCAUUAUCACUGAUUACACUGAUGUCGACUUGACUGAGUUCAACAAGAAACUCGUGGAGCAAUACCUCUCUAUCCCCUGGGUGGAGACCAAGUGCGGUUAUGCGUGCAGCGACCAUGCCUCGUGGCGUAAGGCUGGGUACCCCAGUGUGUUCACGAUAGAGGCUACCUUCGAGAACUCCAACCAUCAGUUCAUCCAUACUCAGAACGACAAAUACGACAUCUCAGAUGAGUUCAGCUUUGAGCACAUGCUCGAGUUCUCCAAGCUCGCCGUUGCCUUCGCCAUCGAGCUCGGCGGGUGGAAGAAGUCCACGUAG